AUGCCAGAAAAUUCAGCUAAAAAAUUAACUCGAACCGUUAAACAACUGGAUUGUAUUUAUGUAUGGCUGCAGAAAUUAACCGAUAUGAAUUUAAGUACAACAGAAAAUAGCACUUCAUAUUUUGAUGAUGCCAAUGAGUGCAAUUUACUUAUAGGAAACAACACCUUAUUGACAGUACUGCUGUAUAACAACGAAACAUUUUUCAGAAUAUACUUUAGUGACAUGACAGGGGGAAAUGUUGUGCUGUGCGUUUGUUUGAUGAUAACUUGUUUGGGAAUCGUAGGAAAUAUGCUCACCGUAGCUAAAAUUGUGUACAGUCCGGCAUUGCAUACGCCAACAUUUGCUGUGAUCGGAUGCCUUGCAUUAGCGGAUUUCUUUUCAGUUAUAUUUUUCGGCUUAGUGUACUUCACAAAUGUUCUAAAAAUGGUAAACGGCCGAGUCUUCAAUAUAUUCACUCACCCGUUUUAUUUUAGUUCAACCAGCCACGUGUUGCUUCUUUGUUCUGUCAGGUAUUUAUGAACAGUAUAUCCCUUACAAAGCAGGCGAUAUCUGUCAGUUACAUCUAUGUUAUUAUGCUCACUGUCUCUGUGGUUUAUGUGCUCUUUGGUUGCUGUUGUUCUGUAUGUAUCAAAUGGUUUCGCUUGUGUACAUGCUUCGAUCAUCCGUGGUUUAUGUAGUGUUAUUUUGUUGACAAUUGUAUCUUCAAUUAUGGUCAUGUUGCAUUUGAAAAAGAUCAAAGUAAUGAAACGUUUGUUUGCUUCAAAUACACAUCAGCAGGCACGUUCAAACAUGAAUCUAGUUGUAACAAUUAUCUUUAUCAUUUUUGCGGCAUUUCAUACAUCUAUGAUUGUUCUACAUUUUUAUGAGUUUAUACUUGUUGUUCAACUACGAGAUGCAUAUAAUGAUCAGGUAUACAAAUAUCUGUUUAUCACCACGGCUUUAACGACAUGCCUUAAUUAUUCGUGCAAUCCUUAUAUAUUAUUUUGGUCUCUUGUUUUCUGUAAAAGGAGAUAAACCAGUAAAUGAUGACAUUAAACGGU